AUGAGGCCCGACGCAGGCAUCCAUUCCGAUGCCAUCGCCCGCUCCAGGCACAAAUCAUUCCAUCGCACUCGAGCUCCUUCCCAUGUGCUGUUUAUUCAAGAACGAGGCCGAUGCUCCCUACUUGCCUUCCUGAGCUUGGAUCCGCCUUCCAAUGGCUGCUAUGCUAUUCUCGCCUUGUCGUCAACCCGGUCCCAUAGUCAUUUCCAACCCGUAUCAACACAUCAACACGAUCUUACCGCAAACUCGUGGGGAGAAUAUUCAUCAACCAUACUGAGGCUCAUCGCGUCCUCGAAAACAACCCGAUUCCUCAUUCAUCAUUUCCCCAGCAUGUUGUUCUCCAAGCAGCGUUCGAGGCCACGGGCUGUUCAGAACAAGGCUUCCGAUGGGCCACGGAUUGAGCAGGCUAGCAUCCAAUGCAAAGUUCCUGACCGCCGAUGGUUUUCGACAUUCCGGCCCGGACCCCAACUUUACGAGGACAAGUCUGAAACGUCAUCUGCCGUCUCUAGCCACAAUGGCACUGGUAUCGUUAGCAAACAACGCCGGGCUGGCACUGUUAAUCAUCGCCGAAGCCUAAGCAGCGUGUUUCAAACUGUCAAGGCAAGGUAUUCUCGCGACAAGCUGGACAAGAAUGAAAAUGCAGCUCAAAAUCCCGACUUGUCUCAAUCAGUAGUGCCCCCGGACAUGAUAUCGCAAGGAAGUACGAGCAUCAGACGUGAACAGAGACACGACUCUCCACCUCCUCGCUUAGAUGUGCCGUUAGAGAUGACGUCCCAGGACAUGACGAAUGGAUCAUCCACAUUUCGCAGUUCCUUGGAGAGAGCCGUUGCCGAUAUUAAUAGCAGAUAUGAAACACCGCCAAGCACGUGUAUGGCUCAAAGUGUACGCGUUACGGGAGCCAGCAAGCUGGCAAACUCUAGCCAAGUUGCGUUUCCAUCUAGAAGCAGCUUUCGCCCUCGUUAUCAACUUCCUACAUUUGUCGAUACACCCGCGCCAAAAGCGAGGUCCGCUGCUGGGGAACUACAAGAAAUAUCCUCCACCAUAUCGACUGAGUCUGUCCCUCUGGAAAAUAGAGAAGUUGCCACUGCUACCAAGGAUAAAAACGAAGGUGGAUCCCGCUUAUCGUCGUUCUUUCUCGAUGAGGUUCUAGGCCCAAGCUUUGGUAUUGGAGAAUUCAUGAAAUCGCAAGAAGUGACAAGCGAAGAACGCUUGUCGGAAACCCGGAAAUCACUCGCAAAACGCUCAGUUUCCCCUUCGCCGUCCAAAACCUCGAAUGAAACUGUUCUUCGAGGUACCAAUAGUGGGCUUCUGAUCGAGGCAGCGUCAGAUUCCGAAAGAAGGCAGAGGGCUUCAGCAAUUCCCAUGGCGGCAAUUGGUCGCACUGCAACUGUUUCCAAGGAGGCAAACGACGGUGUCUCGCCGUACGAGACGAUGGUAAGAAGAGACUACCGAAGUCGUUCCAACAGCGAACAGCCGCCGCGCAACCCCUCUGGACUUAACUUGGGAAGCUUGGACGCAGACAAUCAGUUGCCGGAAGUUGGAAGUGAAACGAGACGUGCCCGUGCCAGGAGUAACCCUCAUGAACCAGGCUCGGUUUCCUUGGCCUUGAAUCGACGUCAAACCUCUGAGUGCAGUCAUGCAUCUACCUGUCAUGAGGAGAACGUCCCGUCAGUUUCCGAACUCGUCAGCAAAUUUCGACGGAUGGGAUCUUUACCCGGCACGUUUCCUAGUCCUGCCUCGGAGACUGCUGGAUCACAUUUGGGCAUGAGACGAGUAUCCCGAGGCAAACAGUUUGAAACCUACCGGAGUCGCUUUUCAAACGGCUCGGAGGUUGACUCGGAGCUGUUUUCCAACGCAAGCGAUGCUUUUGUGGAUAUCCAUUCGAGUGUAGUCCCAAAACCGGUCAACAGGAGGGCACAAGUAGAUUAG